CUCAAAAGUCACAGCGCGAGCGCCACUAACCGCUCGAGGCGACUGUUGGACAUCUGUUGCCAAGGAAACUGAAACAGGAGGGAAAGUUAAGUUUUUACGUCAUUAACGGCUGUUAAGGACAGUCAGUCAUGCCGUCUCCUGUGCUGCUUAACCUUCUACGCUGUGGCCGCUUCUCCGUGGGCAGACAAACCCUCUUCGCUGUACAGUCCACCCUGGAGGCCUCCACACAGUCUGGGCAGUCUGGUGGACCGUUGUUGGGGCUAGUGGGCGUGCGACGGGCGAGCGGGUCGAUCAGGUUCGACAGCGACGGCAGUGGCCAGCCGGUGACCUGGGACUCCUUUGGUAUUUGGGACAACCGGAUAGAAGAACCAAUAUUGCUACCUUCCAGUAUCCGUUAUGGAAAACCCAUUCCGCAGAUUAGUCUGUCUCGGGUUGGCAGCGCGUCUGUUUUGGGUCUCCGGAAGCAGAACGAGGACAGACUCCGCAUUGCCCGUAUCCAUGACAACCUGCUGUACUUCGCAGUGUUCGAUGGCCACGGCGGCCCGCAUGCUGCCGACUAUUGCUGCACCUUCAUGGAGAAAUUCAUCAGAGACGCUUUGGAGGAGGAAGAUGAUCUUGAGAAAGUUUUAAAGAAAGCCUUUUUAGAUGUUGAUACAGCUCUACACACACACCUGAGCUACUUCAACAACGACACGUUUCUGAGAUCGGGUACAACAGCAACAGUUGCUCUGCUUCAUGACGGCAUUGAGCUGGUGGUUGGAAGCGUCGGUGACAGUCGGGCGAUGCUGUGCAGGAAGGGACUUGCUGACAAGCUCACCAAAGACCAUACACCAGACCGUAAAGAUGAGAGAAAACGGAUCCAGAGGUUUGGUGGUUUCCUGUCGUGGAACAGUCUUGGUCUGGCAAACGUUAAUGGGCGGCUCGCCAUGACACGCAGCAUUGGCGACUUCCACCUGAAAUCCAGCGGCGUCAUUGCAGAACCAGAAACACAUCGACUCUCUGUUCAACAUGCCAAUGACUCCUUCCUGGCUUUGACCACAGAUGGCAUUAACUUCCUUUUGAGUGACCAGGAGAUCUGUGAUGUCAUCAACCAGUGCCAAGACCCCACUGAAGCAGCAGAAGUCAUCUCUCAGCAGGCCCUGCAGUAUGGCUCAGAGGACAACGCUACCAUCGUCAUCAUCCCGUUUGGAGCCUGGGGGAAACAUAAAAGCUCCACCAAUAUCUACAGCAUGAGCAGGAACUUCGCCUCAAGUGGCAGAUGGGCAUAGACAUAAACGUACAGGAAACACGACAGAGCUCAGACUAUCAUUCUAAGUUGACUUAAAGUGACCCAGAGUUUCUAAAUUAUUUAUGACACCGCUCACGAACCAGCAGUAUCAUCAUGUUUGUACCCAGCUGAGUAGUCAACACUGUAAAUAAAAUGUAAAAUAAUGAAUGUUGUAAAUAUAGAGAAUUACCGCGGUGUUUGUCCCACAUAUCAGCUUUGUAACAUUAAUUACUUUGCAUUUAGAAAAAAAAAAAUCAUUUUACCAUAUUUCAUGUGUUUUGUUCUUCAUGACAACGGGCACGCUGUCGCUGUCAUUCUGUAAGUUUUAAAUUAAAUCACCAAAAAAUAUUCAUUUCAGCAAAUAAAAAACGUAUCAAGCGGGAGGGACAGAUUUCAAUCCCUCAGAAACCGUUCAGAACCAACGAAAACAUGUUGUUUCUGUCACCAAUCCAUUUGUUAAAAUGUAUGAAAUAUACUUAACACUUUCAGCUGUUUCACUCGAUUCACUGAUUUCCUCUAUCAGACUUCUGACUCCUUACCUUUGACUCUUUGGAAUAAUAAAGUUGAACAAGUUAAGCAGUGAAACAAA